CCUCAUAUGAAUGAAGGACUGUAUAAUAGAUGGAGCAGGGCAGGCAGCGCGUUGGGGGCAUUGACAUUGGACGGCAGGUGGCAAGAGAGGGGAAGAAGAAGAAUAUGAGUUAUCAGAAGGUUAGGCAUGAGGUGGAGACCUCCUACUACCCUCCACCAGGGUAUGGAUCAACAACAUAUCCUCCCCCCUCGGCGCCACCGCCGCCGCCGCCGCCGCCGCCCUACGAAGGCUACCCUCCUCCUCCUCCUCCACCGCCGCCCGUAGGAUACCCUUACCCACCACCACCAGCAGGAGGAUAUCAAGGCUACUUCAAUCAAGGCUACCCUCCUCCACCCCAACCCCAACCCCAACCCCACUACCAGGUCUACCACGUCCAACAGUACCAAUACGAAGAUCAUACAUCCUUCUUGCGAGGCUGUUUGGCCGCACUUUGUUGCUGCUGUGUGUUGGAGGAAUGCUGCUUCUAAGCAGACAAAUAACCCGUUUACAGUCAUACCAUAGUUAAAUGUCUCAAUUAAUGGGCAGCACUGCAAGAGAGAUUAUAGUAGAUCUCUAUUAAGUAGUGGAAUGGUGUACCUGUAUGUAGUUUUGUGUCUGAAUGUAUUUUUAUGUAGCUUUUAAAGGGAUUAUAGUUCCCACUAUAAUGAAGAAUGUAGUUAUGUUUAAUUUGAUUUGAAUUAUGUUUAGUUUAAUUUGAUUUGAAUUAUGUUUAGUUUAAUUUGACUUUCCUAUA